AUGGCGAAACGUCCCAAUUUCUUAGUUAUCGUCGCCGAUGACUUGGGAUUCUCUGAUGUGGGAUGUUUCGGUGGAGAGAUUCGUACUCCCAACGUCGAUCAGAUUGCUAAAGAGGGAUUGAGAUUCACGGAUUUUCAUGCUGCGGCAGCAUGCUCUCCCACCCGUGCUAUGAUCAUGACUGGUACAGAUCAUCACAUAGCAGGCCUCGGUAAUCUGAUCGAAUGGACAAAUAUCUCUGGUCAAAACGGGCCCAAAGGCUCAGCCAUGAGUACCGCACCACAACGAGGAAUGCCCGGAUAUGAGGGAUAUCUAAAUGAGAGGGUCGUUGCGUUGCCAGAGCUCCUACAGGAUGCAGGAUAUCAUACUGUCAUGUCAGGCAAAUGGCACCUGGGCCUAACUCCAGAGCGAUCACCAAAGAAGCGAGGGUUUACCAGAUCCUUUGCCCAUCUCCCUGCAUGUUCGAACCAUUAUGCCUUUGAACCGGAGCUUCGCGACGAGGAUCUGAUCCCCACAUUCAUUGAAGCGAGCUACAUCGGUCUGCACAUGGAAGAUGGAGAGUAUGUGCGUUAUCUUCCAGAGGGCUGGUACUCUUCCAACGGAUAUGGUGAUAAAAUGAUCGAUUACCUGCGCGAGUGGAAGAAAUCCGGCGGCAGUGAAGGUCCAGAUGGAAAGGGAGAUCGCCCUUUCUUUGGCUAUCUACCCUUUACAGCACCACAUUGGCCUUUACAGGCACCACGCGAAUAUAUCGAUCACUAUCGUGGUGUCUACGACGAAGGUCCCGAUAUACUGCGUCAGAAGCGACUGCAGCGUCUGAAGGAUCUAGGAAUGAUCCGUGACGAUGUCGAGCCAUACCCUGUUGACGCGGACGAAGUCAAGCCGUGGGAGGAAUACACGCCGGAGGAGAAGAAGAAGUCUGCGACAGCAAUGGAAGUCUUCGCAGGCAUGGUCGAGUGUAUCGACUUCAACGUCGGUAAGGUAGUCGAUUACCUAAAGUCCAUUGACGAGCUUGAUAACACAUUUGUCUGUUUCAUGUCUGACAAUGGUGCUGAGGGUGCGGCAUAUGAAGCCUACCCCAUGGUCAAAAACGGCGUGAUGCCACACUUGCAGAAGUAUUACGACAACAGCCUGGAAAAUCUGGGUGCUGGCAACUCAUUCAUCUGGUAUGGCCCGCGCUGGGCGCAGGCCUCCACUGCCCCUUCGCGCCUGUACAAGGCCUACACAACCGAAGGAGGUGUGCGCGUGCCCUUCACCUGCCGUUUCCCGAAAAACAUAAACUUGAAGCCGGGCGAUGCCACAACGCCCAAAGGAGGAAUUACCGAUCAAUUCGCAACAGUCAUGGACCUGGCUCCAUCUAUCUUGGAAAUGGCAGGGGUAAAGCACCCGGCCCCAACAUAUCAGGGUCGUGAGGUGGUCUCCAUGCGUGGCCGCAGCUUCUACCGCUGGGCCGUAGGAGAGGCUGAGCGUAUCCACCCGCGUGAUUUCAUCCAAGGCUGGGAAACCUGCGGUCGGGCCGCACUGCGCUGUGCAGACUGGAAGAUUGUGUUUAUUCCGAAGCCCAAGGGCCCUGAACUCUGGCAGCUAUACAACCUCGAGAAAGAUCCGGGCGAGGUGCAUGAUCUCUCGAAGCAGGAGCCCGAGAAGCUGAAGAUGUUGCUUAAGCUUUGGGACCAGUACGUUAUUGAGACAGGUGUCGUUCCUCUAUGUCCCGAUCUGGGGCAGUUCUUGGAGGCUACAGAAGCACAGAUGCCAGAGAAUGCUUGGAUGGAAUUCGACUACUGGAAAGAAGGCGCCCGUGAUACACCUGAGAAGUUCACGCGCCAGCCACCUCGGUUUCAGCGUGUGGUGAAACAAUGGUGA